AUGUCGAGUUUAGCUUCAACGUCGUUGAGGCAGGCCUCGCGCCUUUGCUUAAAGCAGUCGACCCCACCUGUUGGAUUGGUGAGGGGUUCUGCGUUUGCUCGGGUGGCGUCUAUAUCAAAUCAAAAAAUAUCAAGGAGGGGUUAUGUUUCCGAGACGAAAAGAGACAGCGCUCAAGUUAAUAUUGAUACUGCGAUUCGAUCAGAACAAAAGGCUUUCUUCAAAGAGACUGGCAAGCAUGCUGAGGAUCAAUCUAUAUCAGGAACAUCUGCAAAUGCUGAUGCGAUGAUGAGUCCUAUCGCUGGUGUGCUUAAGCAAGCUACUGUCAUGGACGAAGGCCAGAGACCAAUUUACUUAGAUAUGCAAGCUACUACACCAUUGGACCCACGAGUAUUGGAUAAAAUGUUACCCUUCUAUACCGGUCUAUAUGGCAAUCCUCAUUCGAGAACCCAUCCUUAUGGUUGGGAAGCUGACAGGGCGGUUGAAGAAGCAAGAGAACACAUUGCUGCAGUGAUUGGCGCUGAUCCUAAAGAGAUUAUUUUCACCAGUGGAGCUACGGAGAGUAACAAUAUGAGUGUCAAAGGUGUGGCGAGGUUCUUUGGUAGAGCGGGGAAGAAGAAGCACAUUAUUACAACACAAACAGAGCACAAAUGUGUACUGGAUAGUUGUAGGCAUUUGCAGGAUGAAGGUUUCGAUAUUACAUAUCUGCCAGUGCAGCAAAACGGCUUAGUUGAUAUGGCUCAACUUGAAGCUGCCAUUCGACCCGAGACAGCCCUUGUUAGUAUUAUGGCAGUUAACAACGAAAUUGGUGUCAUUCAACCACUAGAAGAAAUAGGCAAGCUUUGCCGCUCGAAGAAGGUUUUCUUCCAUACCGAUGGUGCGCAAGCUGUUGGAAAGAUUCCCUUGGACGUCAAUGCGAUGAACAUUGAUUUAAUGUCAAUUUCGUCUCAUAAGAUUUAUGGACCAAAGGGUAUCGGUGCAUGCUAUGUGCGCAGACGACCCAGGGUUAGGCUCGAGCCAAUUAUCAGUGGAGGUGGACAGGAGAGAGGUCUAAGAAGUGGUACUCUCGCGCCUGCAUUAGUGGUCGGCUUCGGUGAAGCUUGCCGGAUUGCAAAUGAGGAAAUGGAUUAUGACCAUACCCGUGUUAAGAAGCUGUCCGACAGACUACUCAAAGGUCUUCUCGCCAUGGAGCACACCACUCAAAAUGGCGACCCAGAUCAUUUCUACCCGGGAUGUGUAAACGUCUCUUUUGCCUACGUCGAAGGAGAAUCGCUCUUGAUGGCAUUAAAGGACAUUGCACUAUCAUCCGGAAGUGCUUGUACCUCUGCUUCACUCGAACCCAGUUAUGUUCUUCGGGCACUUGGUAGCAGUGAUGAGAGUGCACACAGCAGUAUCAGAUUUGGUAUUGGCCGUUUCACAACUGAGGCUGAGAUUGAUUACGUUUUGCAAGCUGUCGAAAACCGAGUCACAUUCUUACGAGAGUUGAGUCCUCUUUGGGAGCUCGUGCAGGAAGGUAUCGCAUUGGACAGUAUUGAGUGGAGUCAGCAUUAG